AAAUUAGAUCAUUGUUAUACUUUACAAAUACAGAAAUGGCUAUUGGAGAAACAAAGGGAGACCGUUCUAGUCUUAUAAACGGCGUCAAAGAUGUGGAGAAACUUUCUAACAACGUAUCGUCACCCAGUGGCCAGUCACAGGGUGAGUGUUGGCACUCUACGAAACGUUUAAUGGAAACAGGUUACGGCGUGGGUCUGGGACUUAUGUCGGGUUUGUCAUUCGCUACUUGUUCGAUAUUCAUUCAUCUUAUUGGUCACGAUGUGCCGGCGUUACAGAUUAAUUUCAUCACAGUGGUUUCCAUCGGAUGUGUCAUUAUACCUCCUCUGCUGAUGUACCGAGUAAGUCUAAAACUAGAGAGCCUUAAAGAUGGCGGGCUAGUUUUCGGCAAAGGCGUUGGAUACACGAUAGGGAUAAUGGGCGAUGUGGUUGCCUUGACGCUAAUCUCCACGGGCAACGUAACCGCCAUCACCAAUGGUCUUCUUCCGGUCUUCACUGCCAUUUUUGGUUGUAUAUUUCUGCGUGAGAUGUUGCGAUUGGUGGAUGUCAUUACAAUUGUACUCAACGUCACUGGAGUUGUACUGAUUACGCAACCGACGUUUCUGUUCGGUGACGACGAUGAUGAUGAGUACGAUGAAGAUGAUAAACUCCUUGGAAACAUCAUGGCAGUUGCCAGCGCAGUCGGUUUUGCAUCUGCCUACGUGGUUCAGAGAGGUUUGGGCGAACGCCUUCACGUUUUGUCGUCAUUAUUCUACGACGCAAUAAUUGCAUCACUGAUAUCAGUCGUUAUGAUGUUCUCAGUUGACGAGGAGCCAGAAUGGGACAUGGAAGGAGACACAAUAGGUCAAUUCUGUGGCGUGGCAUUCUCUACAGCUCUGGCGCAGUGGUGUUCAUAUCGAUGCUUGCAGUUGGAACCUGCCGCUACUGCGGCUCUCCUGUUCAACGUAGAGGUCGUGGCGGCUUACUCUUUGGAGUACCUGGUGGUGGAUCGUGUGCCCAGUGCCUGGGAAGUGACUGGUGCCGGCUUGGUUUUAUUCAGUUCGGGACUGGUGGCGGUAAUCACGUGGAGGUUACACAUGAAGAAACGGAGAGAAGAUGAAGCGUCUGGGUACCUAGAACUGGAAUAA